AAUGCGCAGGGCACACACCCGGGCGCCGUUACGUCAAGCCAAACAGGAAGUGACCGGCUUCAUAAAACUUUAUUGACAAAUACCCAACAUGUUCGCCUGCUCUGUCCCUCAGGAUCACACGUAAACAAUCAAGAGAUCCACGUUGUCUCUACGCGCAGAACCAGCGUCACUUCUCUGACACGUUCCAUCCGUUCAACAUCGUCAUGUUGUGAGUCGCUCCUGUCGCAUCACUGGUCACAGUCUAUAUGAGAAGAUGCUCCUCCAGAAGUUGUGGUCCAGACUGGGAGCACAGUGGUCCGUAGGGAGGAAACCGUUCUGCAUCCGUGCCACAGCCAGUGUCUCCCAGUCUGUCCAGCUUCAUAAGUAUGAAUCCAAACCCAGGACUCGCUCUGACCCAGGGAUCUCAAGGACCUGUUACUUUAACACUCUUCACCAACAGCAGAUACAUAAGAGACACAUCCUGCCAGCUUUAGGUGGAUUUCAAAGUUUCAACAACGCUCUGUUCAUUGACCCUGGGAUGCUUAACAAAUGUAGAAGUGGACAGAAUCGUUUUUAUUCACCAGACCUCGUGAAGUCGAUGUUAAAGCCAACUUUAAAACCAGUGACGGUGCCUGGGAAGAGGGUUCCCAAAGGACCAAGAACAAAACAACCUUCGAGAGCCAACCAGCCGUCUCAGAAAGAGGACAAGGACAUGCUGCAGUGUAUCGCCUUUGCAACAGCAGAUCAGUAUCAUCUGCCAACACUUUGCCAUGACUUGAUAAGCCACGGCUUCCUUGAGGUAGAUCUACCGAGAGAUGCUUCAAAUGUGCUGGUGAUCAGCACAGACAAGGCUGCAAAACCAGAUGACAACGCUGUCAUGUUCUUCUUCAGGGAGGGCUCAGCAGUUUUCUGGAAUGUUGAGGAGAAAACGAUGAAAAGUGUGAUGAGAAUACUGGAACGCCAUGAGAUCCAGCCUUAUGAAGUAGCAUUAGUUCACUGGGAGAAUGAAGAGAUCAACUACACUGUUAGCGAAGGAAAUACAAAGCUUGAACGCGGAAACUUCAUUCUAAAUGACUACAUUGAUCAACAUGAUGCUGUUUUGGAGAAAUUCGCCUUUUCAAAUGCGUUGUGCUUGUCAGUGAAGCUGGCUAUAUGGGAGGUGGCGUUAGACGACUUUGUAGAGUCAAUUCAGUCAAUUCCAGAGACGCUGAAGGCUGGCAAAAGAGUGAAGUUGUCCUCUGCAGAGGUCAUGCAGAAAAUAGGAGAGCUGUUCGCUUUAAGACACUGUAUAAACCUGAGGUCCGACCUGCUCCUCACACCUGAUUUCUACUGGGACAGAGAAAACCUGGAAAAACUCUACGAGAAGACCUGCCUGUUCCUCAGCAUCAACCGCAGGGUCAAUGUUGUGAAUGAGAAGCUGGAACAUUGCACACAGUUGACAGACCUCAUGAGGAGCCACCUGAGCGAGAAGCACAGCUUGAGGUUGGAGUGGAUGAUCGUCAUCCUCAUCACUAUAGAGGUGAUGUUUGAACUUGGAAAAAUGAUCUUCUGACUUGCUCCUCCAAUGAUGCACUAAUCCAAAAAUGCACUAGAAGCUACAAAGGAAGAAUGCUGGACUUUACAAAGGUACUCUGUCAAUGUUUUCUAGAAGCAGCAAGAACGAUGAGGUGGACCUGAACAUUUCUGAAUGUAUAUUAUGGUUAUAGAGUCCAGACAAUGAAGACAUCAGUUUCAUGUUUCCUGGGACUGUGAAAAACAAGAUGUUGAAAUAUAUUCAAAUAAAUCCAAUUUCAAACUAACUUGAGUGCCGUGUUAAAGAUAAAGUGAAUUAUCUGUUUGAAAUGUGUUCCAGUUGUGUUUCAGUGUCAGCAUGUUAAAUAUAAAUUCAGUGAGUGAUUAAUGUCUCAACUCAACUUCAGAUCACCAGAGGUUUCGUGCAAUAAAAGAAAAACAAGAGUUUCAAAUGUACAGAAUUUAUGCAAAUAUUGUUUUAUUA